UUUUUAAUUUGUGUGUUGAGCAGAAAUAGAGUAUGUUACGCUUUUGAAUCAGCAUGCAAAGAGGAAUUCGAAGACUGACGCUUGGCUCAAAAUCCUUCCUUUCUCCUGUGUCUUUCCUCUAAGCUGUCACAAAGAAAGAAUAAUACAAUACAAAAAAGAACUCUCGAGAUCGAGGACGGCAGCAGAGACAAGAGAUAUCCUAAAUGUCCAAUCUUCAGCUCAACCUCACUCAAACUUUCUGUGGCUUCUCCUGCCGCAAGAUUAGAGCUUCUUCAAAUGGAAUUCCCUUCUCCAAGCCAAAAUCAGGUGGCCUUGUUAUUCUAGAUAUACCUCUUGAGAAAAUAAGAAGGCCACUAAUGCGUACUCGAGAAAAUGAUCAAGAAAAGGUGAAGGACCUCAUGGAGAGCAUCCGAGAGAUUGGACUCCAGGAGCCUAUUGAUGUGCUUGAAGUUGAAGGAAUCUAUUAUGGUUUCUCAGGUUGCCACCGCUUCGAGGCUCACCAACGGUUGGGCCUGCCGACAAUCCGCUGCAAAAUCCGACGGGGGACGAAGGAAACGUUAAGGCAUCAUAUGCGAUGAAUCAUGACUGAGCGUUGGCUUCUUUCUUUGCCAGUCAAGAUUUGAAAUUUAUGUAUGAGAAAGCAUCUGCAGUGCUUCCCAACUGCACAAGUAUAGCAUGCUCUCAUAUAUAUGUAAAUGUGAUGUUGUAUUCUAUGCUCUUUAUAAAAUGGAUAUUGAUGCUUAUACUAUUAAUAUACUCAAAUAGGAGAAAUUUUUCUGUGUAGACGUCAGAUUGUCUGGAGAUGAAUUAGAACGCGUCAUGUCACCCGUUAUAUAGCGGUACACAACAAAAAAUGAUGUGGCGCAUUCUUAUUCGCCUAUGAACAGCAUAUGUAUCCGUAGAGAAUAAUUUCACCUCAAAUAGAGCCUUCUAUGAGUUCUUCACA